UAGAGCUGCUGGUAUCCGUCAGUCAGAAAAUACCUCAAAUAGCUAUAAAGUGCUUUAAAAAUGUCUGCUCGCCCGGGAGUUUAGGAUGAAACCCUGUGGUUCAAGCUGAUUUCCAAACGAUCAUCAGACAAAGGUGGAACGGUAUUUCGACUUAAUCGUCAUUUGGGGAAAAAGCUGAUUUGCAUUAUGAAUCUUGUAUGAGAGGCAUAAAAGCACAACCCCCUGAACUUGCCCAAUGAGUAAUGAGCGCAUUCUGGAGCAUGUCGAUGAACGUCAGCCGUAAGAGAUCUGAGGGUGAGGAGCAGGGUGGUGCCGGCGAGCAGAAAGCAAGUCCUGCUCGUCCUCCCUUUGGAAAGAAGCAGCUCCCCUCUAUACCCAAGAAUGCAGUUCCAGUCACUAAAGCAUCCUUACCUGCAACAGCGACGCAGGCCAACGGCACACACGCCUCCUAUGGACCGUUUUACCUGGAGUAUUCCCUUCUCGCCGAGUUCACGCUGGUGAUAAAGCAGAAGCUUCCAGGCAUCUACGUUCAGCCCUCUUACAGAUCAGCCCUGAUGUGGUUCGGUGUAAUUUUCAUUAGGCACGGCUUGUACCAGGACGGUGUCUUUAAAUUCACUGUGUAUAUUCCCGAUAACUAUCCUGAUGGAGAGUGUCCCAAAGUGGUGUUCGAUAUCCCAGUGUUUCACCCACUAGUGGAUCCUGUUUCUGGAGAGCUGGAUGUGAGAAGAGCUUUCACCAAGUGGAGGCGGAACCAUAACCACAUCUGGCAGGUGCUGAUGUACGCACGGACUGUCUUUUACAAGAUUAACACUACAGAACCAUUCAACCCUGAGGCAGCUGUAUUAUAUGACAAGGAUAUUCAGCUCUUCAAAAGUAAAGUGGUAGACAGCGUGAAACUAUGCAACAGCCACCUUUUCGACCAGCCUAAGAUUGAUGAUCCUUAUGCAAUAAGCUUCUCUCCAUGGAAUCCAGCUGUGCACGACGAAGCAAAAGAGAAGAUGUUCACACACAAAAGACGACCUGAAGAUCAGCCGAAAGGGCUUCAGGUGUCAGGACUGUCAUGGGUGAAACCCGGAUCCACACUGCCGUUCAGUAAAGAGGAGUAUCCGCUCCAGACCUGAAUUUUCAUCACGCCGAGGUGUUGGUGCAAGGCUCCCUCCAUUGCCACUUGGACUUGCUGUGGCUCUUAAGUCUAGAAAUCUCAAAGCAUUUCCAUGAACUUCCUAAUUUUUUCUUUCUUACUCAGCUUUAAAGAAAUUUCAUAUAGACCUCAUUUUGCUGAAACAGCUUUAGAUCAUUUUAAACCAGGCUUGAGCUUUAUUUGGUAUAGACCUGAAUGGAUGUUAGUCACAAUGCCAAGGUAAGAAUGCAAUCAAAUUGCAUAGAGCUGAGUAUCGCCAAACUCUGCACACUGUUGCUCUUCUAUUUUGGUUUCCAAAUACAACAGACCACCUCACUAUUUUGUCAAAGAAUAUUUUAACGGUUCUUGGUCGUAAAUUCACAAAGAAUGUUUUAAAGGUGGUUCGAUGUGCAGCUUAAGGUUUUGCAGAAUUAUUUGAUUAAUAAAAUGUAUAUUGCAGGUUUAUUGCCUACCAACAGGACUGGCUUUACAUUAGUCAUUUAAGAUGUAGUUGUGGUGGUACAUGCUGUACUCUUCUGAGAUUGUAAUGGGGCAUUAUCCAAAAAUAGUCUACAAAAUAUCCAAAAUGCUAUCAUCAGUUCAGGUUAAUUAAGAUGAAAUUUGAUGUGCACCUCAUGACAGAUAUAAUUUGAUAAACUGGUUGUGCAGAAUUCUUCGGUUAUGCAAAAUAUAGUUUGGCUUUAAUUUUUUCCUUCACAAUUUUUUUUUUUUUUUUCAUUUUUAAAUGCACAUUACUACAUUUAGUUAGUUUCAUCUCGCCUUUUUAAAAAGGUAAACUGUAUCACUACACUUUGGGUGGGUUGGUUGGUUUGAUUUGAAAACUUUUUCUUUUUAAUUUGUCCUUUUCUGUGUAAUGAAAUAUACUGCGUUUGAAUAGUUAUAAUAUAUAAAGCAGAGCAAGAGGGAAUGCCUUUUUUUAACAAUGACUAAGUUAUGCCUAAUUUCUUUCCAUACUGUAUAGUUAAUAAAUGGAUGAUGAGCAGAGUUUGAUGUGUAAAUAGUGACAUUUUGUGGAAAGGCCAUCCUCUCAGAAGUUUACUAAAAAACUACCAAUUUAUUUAUAUACAAAGAUUAAAAGGUUGAAGCCUUUUUUUCUUUUUCAUGCUAUUCAUUUUUUUUUUGCCCUGUCCCUCUUGUUUUGAUAUGAAGGCUGGACUGUGUAAGCAAGGUUAGGUUUUAAAAUGCUGUCUUAAAGCAAAUAAAUUCAAGAUUUCAA